AAAUAUUAUAUUCAUCAAAAUAAUACCGCAAUCGAAGUCAGAGUAGGCAAAUUGAGUGUCUUGAAUGGUCAACAAUCCUCAGCGUUUAGCCGUCUGAAUGCAUACGUAUCCAUUGACUUCAUAUAUUACGUUGUUGACAGCCAUUUUUUACCUUACUAGCCCCCACCUUCUCCCAGAUUGGUCUUUUAUUUGGAAAAUUUACUAAAAACAUCUCUAAUUUUUUAACUCUAGAGACCAUCUCUAUAUUAUUAUUGCCUACAAGAAACCUCAGCCGCCUUUAUUAGUUUGCAGAAGAAUUGUCUAUUGGGGUCUCUUAGAGCUUAGCUUGAGUUCCUUGUGAAAAUUGGAGUUCUGAACUGUUGAAAGACUUGGUUUUUGGGUUCUGUUCCAUUGUUUAACUGAAGUCUGAAAGAAUCUGGACUCUGUAGUUAUUUUGAUUGUUGAGUGAGGUAGUUUCCACUUUGAUCCUGUUGGAACUGGAAGAAAAAGUUGACUCUUCACCACGUCGAUUGCGGAGUUGAUGCUGCCUGAUUAAUGCUUAUCUGAACCAAAGGUUCCUGUUUAGGGAUUUGUGACUCUUGACUGGACUUCUUGACUUGACUUGGAAAGGAGGAGGCUUGGCUUGUAUCUUGUUUAUUGUGACUACUAAAGAUUUUGUAAUGGAUCCAUUGUAUUUUGGUUUUACGAAAUGGGGCAGUUAUGACACUUUUUAAUGAAAAUGGCUGUAGUUGUGCUGUGUUUACUGUUGCUGUUGCAAUUCCCGCUAAUUUUUGCUUCUCGGCUGCUGGGACAUAAAGAAGGUUGUGGAAUUUACCGAGUUGACUAUUCAGAUGAUCUAAAUCGCCAAGUAUUUUAUGUAAAUGGCAUAUUAGCAGAUAAAGAUUUAUUCUGCAAAGCCCUCAAAUUUGAUCAUGCAGAGCAUUGCGUUAUCCAAAAUGUUGGGUUUCAAUAUUGUGGAUUGGACUUAUUGAUUGAUGAGUUGCAUUUCAAGUCUGGAAGAAAAUUUAUACACAAGGUGGUCAGACAAGGAUCCAACGGACACAAUUUCGAUGAUACAUCACAGAAGGCCAAGGAAAAGCAUGCUGAUGAUAUUUCAGUAACCCCGAAAAAUUUGGUCAUGGCAGUACCAGCAUUUUUUAUUCUAUGCUGUGGCUUAAUUUGCCCCUGUUGUCGUUCAAGGAAGAAGGAAACAGACCAAUCCGCUCUUGUGAAGGACCCUAAUUCAAUGGACUCUACGUGCUCUUUGGAGAUGAAUUUUGUUCCUGAAAAAGCACCGGGCAGUCCACUACGAGUACCAGCUAGUCCACUUCGAGUGCCGCCUAGUCCCUCUAGAUUUAGCAUGUCUCCGAAACUCAAUAGAAUUGGCUCCAUUCACCUCAACAUGAAUCAGGCUCUCAAAGCUACCCAAAAUUUCUCUUCAUCCCUAAAAAUUGGAGAGGGAGGGUUUGGAAUGGUCUACAAAGCUCAACUACCAGAUGGCCAAACAGUUGCCAUUAAACGCGCAAAGAAGGAGCAUUUUGAUGCUUUGAGCAAUGAAUUUAGAAGUGAAGUUGAGCUUUUGGCAAAAAUUGAGCACCGAAACUUAGUUAGGCUUCUUGGUUUUGUUGAUAAGGGAAAUGAACGCCUCAUCAUUACGGAAUAUGUAGCUAAUGGUACACUACGUGAACAUCUAGAUGGUGGACGUGGAAAAAUCUUAGAUUUCAAUCAGCGACUUGAAAUUGCAAUUGACAUUGCUCAUGGUCUAACUUACCUCCAUUUAUAUGCUGAAAAGCAAAUUAUCCAUAGAGAUGUGAAGUCAUCAAACAUUCUCCUGACAGAGAGCAUGCGUGCCAAAGUUGCAGAUUUUGGAUUUGCUAGGCUUGGAGGCUCAGACGCUGAUAAAACACACGUUUCAACCCAAGUGAAAGGCACAGUUGGUUACCUUGACCCUGAGUACAUGAAAACAUAUCAACUCACACCAAAAAGUGAUGUCUACUCAUUUGGGGUAUUGUUAUUAGAAAUCUUAACGGGUCGUCGUCCUGUGGAGCUUAGAAGAUCUCCUGAUGAGAGGGUGACACUUAGAUGGGUGUUUAGGAAGUACAACGAAGGUAGCGUAUUGGAGAUGUUGGACCCUCAAAUGAAGGAAUCCGUAAAUGGGGAGAUACUAGUGAAAAUGUUUGGUUUAGCCAUUCAGUGUGCAGCACCUACACGAAAAGAUCGUCCAGAUAUGAAGAUCGUUGGGGAGCAGCUUUGGGCAAUUAGAAUGGAUUAUUUGAGGAACGGAAGGAGACAGUAAUGUACUUUGCAUAUACAGUACUGUCUUCCGGCGAUUGACAGCCGGAAAUUCGAGAGCGAGCGGUCCAUCUAAGUUUAUUUCUCCUAGAAAAGGAAAAAGAUGCAAAAAUAUGCUCAAUCUUCCACUUAUUGUUUGUAUUUUGUUGUAUAUGUGAGCAGUUAUAAGGUACUUUUUUUCUUCAUGUUGAUUCAUUGAGCUACAAGUGAGUAAUAGGAAAAGACACCUUUGUUUUUUUUUUAUAGAUGAAAAAUUCCCGAUUGCCCGUGGCACGCAGUUUGAAAUAUUGUGAAUAAUUAACCCGCCC